GCGGGGGACCCGCCACAUCCGGGCCCUGGAGCGCUGACGCCAUGCCGGUGCCCCUGGACGAGGCGGGCCCCGAGCCCCGGCUGAGCUGCACGCCCCUGCCCGUGCCGGCCUUCUUCCGCGAGGCCGAGGGCAGCUUCUCAGCCAAGAGGCCCCAGCGGGCGUCGGGCUACUCCCUCCUGUCCCGGCCGCGCCACAAAGUGCCCCCGACCGUGAGCCGUGUCUUCCCCGGCUGCCAGCCCCAGCCCUGGAGCCAGCCGCGGGCCCGCCUCGUGUGGUGCCGCGGGGGCCCUGGGCAGGCCGCGCCCCCGCUGUAUGACCCCGCCAAGCGGGAGUCUUUCUUCCGCCAGUGCUUCCAGGUGCUGGGCCACCUAGGCCGCGGCUCUUUUGGCGAGGUCUACAAGGUGCGGAGCCGAGCGGACGGGCGCUUGUACGCGGUGAAGCGGUCGGUGGAGCCCUUCCGGGGGGCGGCCGACCGGCACCGCAAACUGGCAGAGGCGCGGCGGCACGGGCGCGUGGGGCGCCACCCCAACUGCCUGGGCCUGGCACAGGCCUGGGAGGAGCGGGGCCAGCUCUACCUGCAGACGGAGCUGUGCCCGGGCAGCCUGCUGCAGCACUGCGAGGCCCGCGGGCAGCCCCCGCCUGAGCGCCGUGUCCGCGCCUGGCUCUGGGACCUGCUGCGGGCGCUGCAGCACUUGCGUGUCUGUGGCCUGGCCCACUUGGACGUCAAGCCGGCCAACGUCUUCCUCACUGCCCGCGGUGUCUGCAAGCUGGGCGACUUUGGCUUGGCCCUUGAGCUGGGCCAGGCCGAACUGGGCGAAGCGCAGGAGGGCGACCCCCGCUACAUGGCGCCCGAGCUGCUGCGUGGGGAUUACAGCCCCGCUGCUGACGUCUUCAGCCUGGGCAUGACCAUCCUGGAGGUCGCCUGCAACCUGGAGCUGCCCACGGGGGGUGAGGCCUGGCAGCAGCUGCGGCAGGGAUACUUGCCCCCUGAGUUCACAGCUGGCCUGUCACUGGAGCUGCAGGCCCUGUUGGCUGCCAUGCUGGAGCCUGACCCCCGGUUCCGCCCUUCAGCGGAGACCCUUCUGGAGUCUGACCUCAUGCGCUGCACGGGCCGCUGGCGCCGCCUCGCUCUGCUGGCUGAAGCUGGGCUGGAGUGGGGCACUGUGCUGCUCCAGGGGCUGAUGAGCUUGCUGUGGGGGGCCUGGCUGGCGCUGUGCAGUCUCCCCCACUGGCACCAGGGCCCCCCGACCACCCCGCCCUGCUCCCCGCUGCUCCCUGCCUACGGCAGCUUCUCUAGCGACUGGGAGGACGACGAGGACGAUGAAGGUGGGACGGGCAGCCUGGCCCUGGAGGUGUUCCAGUUGUCGGGGAGCUCUGGCAAUAGCUCCCUCCAGGACAGGGUCCCUGGUGCUCCCCGGCUCAGCUUGCCCCUCUCUCUGGGCAGCACCUCUACGCCCCAGCAGACCCCGGGCGGCAGGAAGCAGAGGUGAGUCCCCA